GAGAACAUCGCAUCGCCAAUUGCAACACCACCAACCAACACAAUAAUCGCCAUGGCUCUCGUGCAGACCGACCCCGACGCGUAUGUGAUCAAGCCAGCGGCGGCUGCGCCUGCCAUCGACACCAGCGACUGGCCUUUGCUGCUCAAGAACUACAGCGACCUGCUCGUUCGCACAUCGCACUACACUCCCAUCCCCAACGGUUGCGCGCCGCUAUCGCGAGACCUCAAGUCGUACAUUAGCUCUGGUGUCAUCAACCUCGACAAGCCUUCCAACCCAUCCUCUCACGAAGUCGUGUCAUGGAUCAAGCGCAUGCUGAGAGUCGAGAAGACUGGUCACAGCGGUACUCUCGACCCCAAGGUCACUGGUUGCCUCAUCGUCUGCAUUGAUCGUGCCACCCGUCUCGUCAAGUCCCAGCAGGGAGCCGGAAAGGAGUACGUUUGCGUCAUUCGCAUGCACGACAAGCUUCCUGGAGGCGAGGCGCAGUUUGCGCGUGCCCUUGAGACGCUCACCGGAGCUCUGUUCCAGCGUCCCCCGCUCAUUUCCGCCGUCAAGCGUCAACUCCGUAUCCGAACUAUCCACGAGAGCAAGCUUUACGAGUUUGACAACGAGAGGCAGCUCGGUGUCUUCUGGGUCAGCUGCGAGGCCGGAACCUACAUCCGUACUCUUUGCGUGCAUCUUGGUCUUUUGCUCGGUGUCGGCGCUCACAUGCAGGAGCUGCGCCGUGUCAGGUCUGGAGCUAUGGACGAGACCAAGGACCUGGUCACUCUGCACGACGUUCUCGAUGCCCAGUGGCUGCACGACAACAACCGCGACGAGGCCUACCUUCGCAAGGUCAUCGCACCUCUCGAGAGUCUUCUGAUGAGCUACAAGCGUAUCGUCGUCAAGGACAGCUCUGUCAACGCUAUCUGCUACGGUGCUAAGCUCAUGCUUCCCGGUCUGCUGCGUUUCGAGAAGGGUAUUGAGAUCCACGAGGAGGUUGUCCUCAUGACCACCAAGGGUGAGGCUAUUGCGCUCGCAUACGCGCAGAUGUCUGCCGUUGAGAUGUCAUCAUGCGACCACGGUGUUGUUGCGAAGAUCAAGCGUGUCAUCAUGGAGCGCGACCUUUACCCCAGGAGGUGGGGUAUGGGCCCAGUCGCCACCGAGAAGAAGAAGAUGAAGGAGGCUGGCACUCUCGACAAAUUCGGCCGCCCCAAUGACAAGACUCCCGCUAAGUGGAACACCGAGUACAAGGACUUCAACAGGAACGACGUCGAUGGCGCUUCCGCACCUGUCGCUGAGACCACCUCCACGUCCGAGGUCCUCGCCGCUCCUGCUGUCCCCGCAACUGGUCUCGCACCUGCCGAAGAGGCUGAGGCGGAAGCCGAGGUCGCCGACAAGAAGAGCAAGAAGCGCAAGAGCCGUGGUGACGGCGACGACGAGGGUGAUGAAGACAAGGCCGAGCGCAAGCGCAAGAAGAAGGAGGAGAAGGCUGCGAAGAAGGCCGCCAAGGCCGAGAAGAAGGACAAGAAGAAGAGCAAGGAUGAUUCUGACAGCGACUCCGACUAAACGAUCAAUAUCUGAACGAUGGACGUCCGGACAAAGCAACAGCGCGCAUCGCUGCUUGCCUGUAAAAGCGCUGUACACCACAAAAUCGUGUACAUGUCAUAGUUACUACUACUCUAUCCUUGGAUACCAGCUUCUUCAAAUGUAGCAUACCGGAAAAUGGCGUUUGGGAUCAUGGGCAUGCCGGCGUUUUUUGGCGUGUCGAAGCUUUCUGCGACAAAGGUGGUCGAUUGCGUGUUGACGUGCGAUAUAGCUUGUUGCUAGACAUGUUCAAUUCACUGUUUAAACUUCAUCUUUCUGACUCUUCCUCAUGGUCAUUACGAUGUGCAGUGGUGCGUGUAGGCUGUACUGACUCUGCACGAGCUAUUGAGAUUGGGUAACUCUUGCAGCGUGUCCAUGAGCUGUCGAUGGGUCUGUCAUGUUGAUGCAAAUCGCUGCUGAUGUGUCACGGCCCCAGUCCU